AGAAAUAAAAGAAUUUGCCAGGAGGGUUUGGAAAGUUGCCAGAUUUAGAGAGAACCUCGCCCAGUUGGCAGUUGGUUUGUUGGAUUGCCUCUAGUUCCUGAACUCGUUUCAUCUGAAGUCAUGUGAUUUACAAGAAACAGAGAAGUGAAGCUCCACCCAUCAAACCCACUAUCUCUGGAGAGGUUACUGAGUUUCUGUCAGUGGUCUGUUUUCUUUACUCUGUGGCACCUCACGGAUUCUUCUCUGAAAUAAUAUUCAGUAAACAUUAACUAGUGUUCACUAGUUGAACUUUGUUUUUCCUUUUGUUGGACAUAGUUCCUGGUCUGAGUGCUGAUCAGAGGAGGAAGAAGGUAAAAUGGCGGCUUUAAGAUCUGCGUCGUUCUUUUCAAUCUGUUUUCUGCUCUGUUCCUCUGAAGCUCAGGAAAAAAUCACAGCUGAACCUGGACAGGAUGUCAUUCUAACAUGUAAAGCUCCCGACAACAACAACAUCCACAUCAACAACAUCAGAGCUGUAGAGUGGAGCAGACCUGGACGGAAUACAGAAUAUGUUCUUGUCUACCGAGAUGGACGCUUUGAUCCACACAACCAGCAUCCAUCUUAUCAGAACCGGGUGGAUCUGCAGGACAAAGAGAUGAAAGACGGAGACUUUUCUCUGAUUCUGAAGGAUGUGAUGAAAAACGACACUGGAACAUACGAGUGUUGGGUUUUCCAGAAAGGAACAAACCGCAGGAAGAGAUGGAGUUCUGAACCCAUCAACGUCAUCACCCUGGCAGUUCAUCCAUCAGGAGAAAAGUCUGAAGGAGCCAAGGGUGGAAUCAUUGGAGAUGAAGGAAAAGAGAUUGGAAGAGACCAGGUUGGAAUCAGUAGCAAACAUCUUGGAGUAGUGGGUGUGAUACUUCUUGCUGUGUUGGCUUCUGUUGGUUUUCUGAUCUACAGACGACACAUGAGGCAGAAUCCAAAUCUCCCAGUUCCUCCUGAUGAAGCAGCAGCUGAUCAGAUUUUAUGAAACAAAGACAUGAAAGUUUUUGUGAACAGCAUCAGAACAAACCAGAGCUUGUGUAACUUUGAUGGAAGCAGCAGCAGCAGAACAAAGAGAAUCCAGGUGUGCACCAACCAUGUGGUCUCUCCUUUAACUGCCACCUUAUAGUGGUGGAGGGUUUGUGAGCUCAGAGGAUGCUGGGAGCUCUGCUGUCUGGAGUUCAGCUCCUGAAAGGGUUUCCCAUGACAGACUGGUCCCAGAUGAUGAGCCAGACUAAGAGCACUUUUUCCCACUCUGGAACAUUUUCAUCUGACACAUGGUCACAUAGAAUCAGCAAUUUUUAGAAACAGAUCUUGAACCCUCUCAAUCUCAAGUAAAUAAUAACCAAUAUUAACCUCCUGAGACCUGGUGUCUAAAUAUGUUAAUUAUUGUUAAUUAUAAAAAUAAUUUUUCCUUUCAGAAAGAGCAUAAUAAUAAUAACAAUAAUAAUAAUCAUAUAUUAGAUAUUAUUUGGUCCCUGCACAACCAAGGUGAGAGCUGUGUCCGUAUACUCACCACAAAGUCGGUUUCCAGUGGGUGUUGGACUCCUCCUGUCCCUUGUCUCCGAUCCUGUUUGUGGUCUUCAUCGACAGGAUCUCAAAGAUCAGCCAGGGUGAGGAGGGUGUCUGGCUUGGGGCUUUCCAAACAUGUCCACCUGGGAGGAGACCCCGGGGUAGACCCAGAAUUAGCAGGAGGGAUUAUGUAUUUCAUCUGGUCUUGGAACACCUCGGGAUCCCCCAAGAAGAGCUGGAACAACCUGCUUCGACUAUAGUACUAUACUACAGAGUAUAUAUACUAUAUAUAUUCUAUAGUAUAUACUCUCAAUAUACCCCUGAUGAGAAGUUCAUCUCAAACAGAUUUCACAGUUAAUUCAAAAUGGCCGACUUCCUGUUGGGUUUAGAUCCAUCCAUCCAUUCUCUAUCCACCGCUUUAUCCUCACUAGGGUCAUGGGGGGUGCUGGAGUCUAUCCCAGCUGACUCGGGUGAAGGCAGGGGACACCCUGGACAGGUCACCAGUCUGUCACAGGGCUACAUAUACAGACACACAAUCACACUCACAUUCACACCUACGGACAAUUUAGAGUAACCAAUUAACCUCAGCAUGUUUUUGGACUGUGGGAGGAAGCCGGAGUACCCGGAGAAAACCCACGCAUGCACAGGGAGAACAUGCAAACUCCAUGCAGAAAGAUCCCAGGCCCACUGUUGGGUUUAGAUGAUGGCUGUAAUUGACUGUUUUGUGCGCCCUGAUGUGCUUCAUAUCCACACAAAACGUUCAAGAUGAAAUGUGCUAUCCGUAGUAGUGUUCCAAAUGUUGCAAUUAUGUAGGGGGCGCUAUGGAACCAUUUAAUACUAAACUUUUUGCCGUUCCUGAUGUGUACGCAAAGUUUUACGCAUUAGAGUACUUUUAGGCUAAGGGUUAAUGUGUGUUUUUAGGUUUUAUUGGUUAGCAGCUCUGCUGAUGUUCUUACCUUUUAAUGUGGUAAAGGUGCAGGUAAUAUUAUAUAUUUUAGAUAUUACUGAUACUUUUUAUACUGCUAAGUGGUCUGUAAGUUUGAUCUUCCUCCUAUAUCAUGUUUAGUUGUUAAUCUGCAGAUAAAUGUAGUAAAAUAACAUUGUUUGUUACUGAACUGUAGUGAAGGUUGAACAGAAUAAACAGAACUUCUACUGAUAGAAUGAACUGAGUUAUUCACAGAAAUGAUUGACUGUUUAACCUGCAACACAAUGUAAAGAAUGAAUUUUAUUGCUGCUUUUUGCACUCUGGCACUGAUUUGUCUUUGUUCUUUUAUAAUGAUAUCAAAGUUGAAUCUAAUCAGUGAUCUGUGGUUCAUUCUAGUUUCUAUGUAGAGUUUUAAAGCUGGUUUCUUCUCUGCAGAAGUGAUCAUAAAGGUUGUUUCUCCAGA